GCCAGCCCUGCUGGCUCCAGAAGGGUUGGGUCGCUUCUCCUCAGCUCCUCCAGGGCGGCUGCGGCAGUGGUGGUAGCGCUGCAAGUUUUGACGUUUCGGACGCCGAGGCGCGCGCCUGCACUCCCCGGCCGACGGCUGUGGAGGCGGCUGACCCUCGAGGGCCCCUCAGCCGCGCCCCGGCGCUCCCGCCGCCCAGGGUCGGGCGGCCACGAGGCCCGGCCGCGUUCUCCCGCGCUCUCCAGCCCGGCGGCUGCAGCCAUGUCGCGGGGGCCGGAGGAGGUGAACCGGCUCACGGAGAGCACCUACCGGAAUGUUAUGGAACAGUUCAAUCCUGGGCUACGAAAUUUAAUAAACCUAGGAAAAAAUUACGAAAAAGCUGUUAAUGCUAUGAUUCUGGCGGGAAAAGCCUACUACGAUGGAGUGGCCAAGAUCGGUGAGAUUGCCAGCGGGUCCCCUGUGUCGACAGAGCUGGGCCAUGUUCUCAUAGAGAUUUCGAGUAUCCACAAGAAACUCAACGAGAGCCUUGAUGAAAAUUUCAGAAAAUUCCAUAAGGAGAUUAUCCAUGAGCUGGAGAAGAAGACAGAGCUUGAUGUAAAAUAUAUGAACGCGACUCUCAAAAGAUACCAAGCAGAACACAGGAAUAAAUUAGAUUCUUUGGAGAAAUCUCAAGCAGAAUUGAAGAAGAUCAGAAGGAAAAGUCAAGGAGGACGAAAUGCACUCAAAUAUGAACACAAGGAGAUGGAGUAUGUAGAAACCAUCACUUCUCGCCAGAAUGAAAUCCAGAAAUUUAUUGCAGAUGGUUGCAAAGAAGCUAUACUUGAAGAGAAAAGGCGCUUCUGCUUCCUAGUUGACAAACACUGCAGCUUCUCAAAUCACAUUCAUCAGUAUCACUUACAGUCUGCAGAAUUGAUCAAUUCCAAACUGCCUAAGUGGCAAGAAACAUGUGGUGAUGCCACCAAAGUACCAGAGAAAAUCAUGAAUAUGAUCGAAGAAAUUAAGACCCCAAUCUCCACCCCAAUGUCUGGAACGCCUCUGCCUUCACCCAUGAUCGAGAGAAGCAGCAUGGUUGGGCGAGAUUAUGACACCCUUCCUAAAUAUUCACCAAAGAUCCCCUCGGCUCCUUCAGCCAGAGCGUUAACCAGCCCUUUGAUUGACAUGUUUAAUAACCCAGCCACAGUCGCACAGAAUUCAGAAAGAAAAAAUAAUUCAACAGGUUCUUCAGAUGACCCCAGUUUACAGCGAUCGGUUUCUGUUGCCACUGGACUGAACAGGGUAAAAAAGCAGAAAGUGAAAACCAUCUUUCCACACACGGCCGGCGCGAACCAGACCUUACUUAGCUUCGCGCAGGGAGAUGUCAUCACGCUGCUCAUCUCCGAGGAGAAGGACGGCUGGCUGUACGGAGAGCAUGAGGACACCAAAGUGAGGGGUUGGUUCCCGUCGUCAUACACAAAGUUGCUGGAGGAAAACGAGAAGGAGACCGUGAGCGUGCCCGGGCCAAGCUCGGUAUCAGUACGGAGCGUGAGCACGAUGAACUUAUCUGAGAAAAGCAGCGUCGUCAUCCCCCCACCGGAUUACUUAGAAUGUUCGUCCACGGGGGCGGCUGCAGAAAAGAAAGGAGCGGUUUCCCAAAACGCUUCUACCUUUAAAGCACCAGUGUCCAAACCAGAAACCACGUCUCCUAAUGAUGCAAAUGGGUUUGCAAAGCCUCUUUUUCUCAGGUAUGUUACUUUCCUCCACCAGGGCCCUCCCCCUUACCCAGCCCAGGAGAACUGGGCUUGCAGGAUCUCAGUUCCCCGACCAGGGACAGAACCGAGGCCCUCGGCAAUGAAAGCGUGGAGUGCUAACCACUGGACCGCCAGGGAAGCCCACCGCCCAUUACAGAACUGUCCAGAGCUGUAAACAUUUCAGACAGAGGGCAGCGUACCCCUCUGCAGUCCUGUGUGGGGCGGGAAGGUGGUGGUGGGAGAGCCUUCUAGGACAGCAGCUUAUUAAGUGCCAAACGCAACACGAGGCCAGGGGAACUCCCUCCUGGAUCAGGGCAGAUGCUGGGCAGGCCCUCAGGCCCCGCUCCCAGGGGACCCCCAGGCCUGAGGCCUUUCUCACUGCAGCCAAAACGAAACAAUUAGCUUAUAAUGGGCUGUCACAGAACAAAACUUUCAUGUUCAGAAAAUGUCUGGGAUUUAUAUAAGCUAUAUAAUUUUACAGAACAAGAGCAAGAGUUAUUAGCUCUUUUUCUGAACCAAAUCCCUGUCUUGAAGUAUUUCUGCCAACAAUUUUUUUCUCCCCCCGCCUCCCCAGCAAAGAAAAUCCCUUUGCUACUGUGAAACUCCGACCAACGGUGACAAAUGAUCGCUCAGCACCAGUCAUUCGAUGAAAAGGUGGCCCCAGAUUCCUCUGGUUCCCCGUUUGGUUCUCGCUUGGGAAAUGAUAGGUAUACGUUUGUGAUAAGUGCUGUCCUGUUGUAAAGCUUCACCGGAGGGUGCCUGAUUUUACAUGUAUUCCACUUGAGCAAAUCAGUGCAUUUUCUAAUUUAACAUAGCUGGGUUUACAUAUUUCUGUCUUUAAGGUAACUACGUCAUAGUUUAGAUACAAUUCAAUCAUUUAAAGUGUUUUCUUCCUAUUCUGUUCAAGAACUGUAAAUUUGGUUCCAAUCCUAUUGUAUCAUUUUCUUUUAAUAGUCUGUGUUUUUUUUUAAUAGCCAGAAUAAGGGAUAGUUGACGCUUCUGUGACUGGCUUUCUGCACCUGAAUGCAAAUAAGAUCACAGUUUUAUUUUAUAAAGCAUGUGCUCUUAAAUAGCAUUACGAUGUUUAAAGAAAUCACCGUGUAGAUUUGCAUCCCAGCAUGCAAAUAACCUUAAGCAAUAUAAAUUAUGAGAAUACUGUAUAAAAUUUAAUUUAACUUAAAAACUUCUAAAUGUUUGCUUAAAUCAAAUGCAGCCCUACCCAAGAUGAAGCAUCCCGCAAGUUCUCGUGAUUUAGACACAGCGCUAGAGCACUGAGAAUUCACCUGUCCCCUAUCACAGCCAUGAUAUUAGCACUUGAACACUUUCUAAGAGGUACUGAAUUCGGCGUUCUGAGUUACCAACUGGGAUACCAAUGAAAACAUGCCAGGCCAUGCCACAUGCGGGCCUGGCUCACAGGGUAAUAACACAUGCAUCUGGGGACUCCGCACGUAGAAACCCAGGGUCCUCUCACUAAGCUAGUUGACCAAAGCUGCCUCCAUCACUGAUUUACUCUGAAACCUGUUGGGGUGCAAGUUUCUCCACUUUUCAGUCAGGUGCUGAAACUGCAAACAGCACUGCUGAAGCCAGGAGGACCUCUGGGAGCCAGGGGAGGGUAGUGGGAGGCUGCACCUCGGCUGAGCCCCACGCCGGCAUACCCGGAACCUGGGCUUCUGCAGCGGCGCAGCAAGGCAGAGCCAGUGGCAGGGUUUAUCUCUGGCUGUCAAGGACUACGCCCAAUUUGGAGGAGUGGGGAGUGGUCAUGAAAACUCACACGCAGGCCAUCCACUGUAUGGGGGCAGGGGAGGGGGGCUUGUUGCUGACCACAGCUUUUGGCUUUGCCAUGAAUAUUAUUUUUCUAUAAGCUUGAAAUUGGUCAAGGUCAAAUGCAGGUAAACCAGUGUAAGCGUGUGACGCUUUGGGUUCUUGGUCCUGUCUUCCUCCUGGCUGGUCAGCUAUGACCGCUUGGUGGUGGGGGUCUGGGACUGUGUGAGGGCUCCCAGGACCCACAGGCUAAGGGCAUCUGUCAAGCAGCACACUUGUCUUUUGAGAGCAGACCCUUCCACCAGCCAAGAAAACACAAUCAAAUUAGUCACAUGGCCCAUUGCUCCUCUCACCAUUUAAGAGUAGGGUUCACAAAAGCCCUUUAUUUUCAACAGUGUGGAGGGAGUGAGGUGUAGAGGCUUGUUAAUUAAGAAAAAGGGGGCAGGGGGUGUCACACCGUGGCCCCGGCCCCCAGAGCUCUGCUGCUGGGGGUCUUCUGGUUACAGGGAUGGCACAGGUCCUGGGAUUAUCAGACGCCACUUGCAGGCCCACCUGGCUCACCCAGACCCUCUACACCUCCACAGAAGGGAC